AAUACUAAAAACCACAGAAACUGUGAGCGUGCCUUUUUAGGAAAAUAGCACAAUACACUAUUAUAGAAUUUGUGGUUCAUACAUGACCUUACACAGAAGUAGACUACUAAAGCACAAGAUGGUAUGGUAUGGCUACUCCUAAUCCAGAGCCAGUGUUUGUCAAAGAGCUAGCUGAUAAGUACAAGUGUAGUAUUUGUACUAACCUUCUAGACACACCAUUUCUAACUGAAUGCUGUGGACAGCAUUUUUGCAAAGCUUGUCUGGAAAAGUGGAUCAUACGAAAAAAAGAAUUGAUUUGCCCUCACUGUCGAGCAGAAAACUUCAAUAAGAUUGUUUCCCAGCCGAUAAUCAGAGAGAUAAAAGAGCUGGGAGUGUACUGUGCAAAUCGUAAAAACGGGUGCAAAGUGGUUAUCAAAUAUGACGAUUUUCAGAAGCACGUGAUCGAGUGUCUGUUUGGAGGUGUCGAAUGCACCAACGAUUGUGGUACGAGUGGAUUGCUAAAAAAUGACCUCAUAAAACAUCGCAAACAAGAGUGUCCUAAUCGAAUAGUUCACUGUAAGCUUUGUAACGAAGAGGGUAAGCACUCGGUAAUAGUUGGAGAGCACAAACGAACUUGCCCUAACUUAACUUUAGAAUGCCCUAACAAAUGCAAAGAGAAAGUGAAGAGAAAAGAUAUCGAAGAGCACAGAAAAGAGUGUCCACUUGAGGAAGUGGAUUGUCCUUUCAAAGAGGCUGGUUGUGAAGUGAAGCUGCCUCGUAAACAUCUUGAAAAGCAUGAAGCGUCUAGCAUGCAAAACCAUCUUCGACUCAACAUGACAACUACUGCUACUGUCAAUACAGCUAUGAAUAAUGUCAAUACAGCUCUAGCUAAUUUCAAUACAGCCAUGGCUACCGUUACGAGAGAGAAUAAGGAACUAAAAAGAAGUCACGAUGAACUAAAAAGAGAUUUUGAUACGAUUUUAUCAGUUGUAACGACAGAGCUUAGUUUAUUGGACAUUCCCCCAAGCGAUAAGAAACCAAUGGAUGGUAUUAGAACUGUACUAACCUCCCUAACCACAAUGAUACAACCUGAUUGUAGGGCCUACUGUGUACACAUGAGCAACAUAUUGGGAUUAUUCACAGAUCCAGAAUUAAAGAGUUUUUCUAACAUCCUUCGAGCCAGUUCACCACCACUAUGCAUUCUCCCGGGAUUCAAAAUCUACCUUGCAUUUGGUAAUGAUUGUGUUAGCAAACGAUUUUUUCUUCUGUUGGAGAAAAGUGCUAUCCAUGGUUACCCCGAGACUGUGUCUAUUGAAGUGCAGCCUACAACAGGACAAUCAUUCUCGUGUUCCUUAAAAGACCUCCAACAUUCUUGUGACAUACAACGUGACUCAGGAAGAGAAGUUAGGGUUAUGAUGGGGGAUAUAUUACCCAAUCUAGUUUCAGACGAUUUCUAUGCAAACAUUAGGGUCACUGAUAUUUCUUAGAGCAGAGAUAACCUAGAAACUGUAGAUGUAAAGGAAAGCCUUCUAAUGUGUAUAUACCCCAAUAUACCACACACACAGUAUCUUAGUGUUAUUGUGCUAUGUGAGUAUUAGUUUGCGGAAACAACAAUGAUCAUUGUUA